AUGGCGCGAAGAUAUAUGAUUCCAUGGCUCUAUGACUUGGGCAUCUGGAUCUUCACUCUAUGUCUAGACAUUUUCUUCCGGGAGGUUUACUCCCGAGGAGCUUGGCGAAUCCCCAGACGCGGCCCGGUGAUCAUCGUGGCUGCUCCACAUGCCAAUCAAUUUGUCGACUCUAUCCUGUUGAUGCGCAUCCUGAAGCACGCAGCCAAUCGUCGGAGCUCUUUCCUCAUUGCCGAGAAGUCCAUGCGAGAGCCAUAUAUCGGCACAAUGGCCGGAUGCAUGGGAGCCCUUCCGGUUGUGAGAGCCCAGGAUAAUGUCAAACCGGCCGAGGGUAAGAUCUAUUUGCCGGAUCCCGACAAUGAUCCGACCCUUGUUCGUGGUAAAGGAACCGAUUUUACGAAUAAGCUCUUCAUGGAAGGCGGCACAAUUAUUCUCCCAAGGGUGGGAAAGACCAGUCCGGAACAGCAAGCCAUUGCGCAGAUUAUCGGGCCGGAAGAAUUGAGACUUCGAAAGCCAUUCAAACAGUUCGACCAAGAUCACCCUCUGUACGACGCGUUGCGCACGGGGACCACUUUCAAAGUCGCCCCGCAUAUUGACCAGCGUGAAAUGUUCGAUGCUGUUUAUAGCGAACUCAUUGCAGGCGGCUGUAUCGGAAUCUUUCCGGAAGGUGGCAGCCAUGACCGACCCAGUUUGCUCCCCUUGAAGGCCGGCGUCGCCAUCAUCGCAUUAGGCGCUCUGGCUCAGGACCCCAACUGCGGCCUGUCUAUCAUUCCCUGCGGCAUGAAUUACUUUCACCCGAACAAGUUCCGUUCUCGCGCUGUCGUGGAGUUCGGUAACCCCGUUCACGUGCAUCCGGACCAAGUCGAAGCGUUCAGAGCCGGUGGGACCUCGAAGCGGAACGCUGUUGGAUCAUUGCUGGAAACCAUUAAUGAAGCAUUGACUGCGGUUACUCAACAAGCGCCCGAUCAUGAGACACUCAUGCUUGUCCAAGCCACAAGACGACUGUACCGACCUCUCCGGAUGAAACUCCCCUUACCGAUUGUUAUUGAAGUCAACCGACGCCUGCUCAAAGGUUACACUCAGUUCAAGGACGAUCCUAAAGUCAUCCAGCUAAAGAAGGCUAUAUCGGACUACAACCGACGCCUUCGAGCCCUGGGCAUUCGGGACCACCAGGUUGAAUGGGGCGACGUCAAGCAUCGACCGUGGUGGAUAGUCUUUUGCACGCUGCUAUAUCGCGUCGGUGAGCUUCUCACCCUUGCUGUAGGAACACUGCCAUCUGUCGCUCUCUUCUGGCCAGUCUUUGUUACCGCCAAGGUUAUCUCGGUUAAGAAGCAGCGCGCAGCUCUUGCCGGUUCCGUGGUCAAGCUUGAAGGCCGUGACGUGGUGGGGACCUGGAAGAUUCUUGUCGCUAUGGGGCUGGCGCCUGCCUUAUAUACCUGGUACACCGUGGUUGUGACGACAUGGCUACAUUACUGUCGCCAUGAGGGGCAUUAUUGUGCUGUGUCGCCUUGGUGGACGAACCCCAGAACCUACGUUCCCGAUAGCAUUCCCCUGUGGCUCUUUUCCAUGUUUUUUUUCGGCCUUAUGAUAUCCGUCUCCUUCGCUGGUUUGCGAAUCGGUGAGAUCGGCAUGGACGUACUCAAGUCUCUCCCGCCCCUUCUCGUUGCCUUGAACCCCAUCUCGGCAAACUCGUUGGCCAAGCUGCGGGAGGAGCGCCAAGCUUUGUCGACCAAGGUCGUCGACACGAUAGAUACCUUUGCCCCGGAGAUCUUCCCAGAUUUUGAACAUGAGAAACUCGUUCCCCAUGGCUAUCCUCAUGAUGACACAUAUCAAUCUCGGUUGAAGAGCAUGCCACCCAGUGAGCCCGAAAGCCGAAACACCAGUAAAACCCGAGGCAGCCGCAGCCGAUCCCGAAGUGCCGGCUUCCUUCAGGACACCCUGCUCAAACCACUGACGAUCGGAUCGAAGGAUGACCUCGGCGAAGUCAAUCGGAGAAUUCGCGACUCGAUGAAGGAGCGAGGCCGUGAGCGCGUUCGAGCACAGUACGACUCGGAUGCAGACGCUGUGUUGGUUGACGGUUCUGGCGGCAGUGACAGCGGAGAUGCAGUGGAAGAGAAGAAAACCAGAUAA